AAAUGUGGCGAUUAUACCGAAAAACGCCGAAGCAGCUGAGAAAUUCGGUCGAAUCAUGCUUCAAAUCUGUCAAUUCCCGCCAAUUUUCAGUCAGCUCAUUUUCAGCAGUAGCCAAAGAUGAUAAAUCCGUGCUAAAACAACAAGAAGUUCUGCAUCUUCUCGCAAAAGAUCAGCGAUUUGAAGAGCGAUUCUUCAAUCAAGUACAGCAGACAAUUCGAUAUUUCGCCUCGAAACCAAAUGAUUUGAAAAAGUUCUUCAGGAAGGAAGCAUCGACGGAUAAUAAAGAAUCUUCAUCAUCUUCUGACAAAAAGGACAGCAAAGGAAAUAAGGGAGAGGAUAAUAAUCCGUUUAAUCAAUUCCCAGGAGGAUGGCAACAAAUUGCCGUUUCAGUUGGAAUUCUGCUCGCUCUCUACGCCUUUAUGGAUUAUCAGUCGUAUCGUGAAAUUUCCUGGAAGGAGUUUUACAGUGAUUUCCUGGAAGCUGGACUUGUCGAGAGACUUGAAGUAGUUGAUAAGCGAUGGGUUCGAAUUGUUAGCUCGUCUGGAAAGUAUGCAGGACAAACGUGCUAUUUCAACAUCGGAAGUGUGGAUAGCUUCGAACGGAGCCUCGGAGCUGCUCAGCAUCAUCUCCAGUAUGAUGCUGAUCGACAAAUUCCGGUUUUAUAUAAAUCUGAAUUCAAUUUCAAACGCGAAAUCCCAAACCUCAUCAGCGUCGCAUUCCCUCUUCUCUUCGGCUAUUACAUCUAUCGAAUGCUGAAAGGCGGUGGAGCAGCUGGCGGAGCCGGAAGAGCUGGUGGAGGUGGACUCGGUGGAAUGUUUGGUGGAUUCGGACAAAGCACGGCUAGAGUCAUUAAUCGAGAAGAUAUCAAGGUGAAGUUCGCCGAUGUUGCCGGUUGUGAAGAGGCAAAAAUCGAAAUUAUGGAGUUUGUGAAUUUCCUGAAGAACCCCCAGCAGUACAAGGAUCUUGGCGCGAAAAUUCCGAAAGGAGCCAUUCUAACAGGACCUCCUGGAACCGGAAAGACACUUCUCGCGAAGGCAACCGCCGGCGAGGCAAAUGUUCCAUUCAUCACUGUAUCGGGAUCCGAAUUCCUGGAAAUGUUCGUCGGAGUAGGACCUGCAAGAGUCCGUGACAUGUUCUCAAUGGCUAGAAAGAACUCUCCGUGCAUUCUAUUUAUUGAUGAAAUUGACGCAGUUGGAAGAAAACGUGGUGGAAAAGGUGGAAUGGGUGGACACUCUGAACAAGAGAAUACUCUGAAUCAGCUUCUCGUUGAGAUGGAUGGAUUCACAACUGAUGAAUCGUCGGUCAUUGUGAUUGCCGCCACGAAUCGUGUGGAUAUUCUCGAUUCGGCACUCCUCCGACCUGGUCGCUUUGAUAGACAGAUCUAUGUUCCAGUUCCAGAUAUCAAAGGUCGUGCUUCAAUCUUUAGAGUUCAUCUUGGACCACUUCGGACUUCCCUCGACAAGACUGUGCUUUCACGAAAACUCGCCGCCCAUACACCAGGAUUCUCUGGAGCCGACAUUUCGAAUGUGUGCAAUGAGGCUGCGCUGAUUGCGGCGAGAGAUGCGAAUCACGAGAUUUCAAAUAAACAUUUCGAACAAGCCAUCGAACGAGUCGUCGCUGGAAUGGAGAAGAAGACGCAGGUUUUGCAGAAAGAGGAGAAGAAGACUGUAGCCUAUCAUGAAGCUGGGCAUGCUAUUGCUGGAUGGUUCCUACAGCAUGCGGAUCCUCUGUUGAAGGUUUCUAUUAUUCCACGAGGAAAGGGUCUCGGAUAUGCACAGUAUUUGCCGAAGGAGCAAUACUUGUAUUCAAAGGAUCAGUUGCUUGAUCGAAUGUGCAUGACACUCGGAGGUCGCGUCGCCGAGGAGAUCUUCUUCGGACGAAUCACAACUGGAGCACAAGAUGAUCUACAGAAAGUUACACAAAUGGCAUAUUCACAGGUCGUCAAGUUUGGAAUGAGCGAAAAGGUCGGACCGUUGUCGUUUGAGACACCAGCUCCGGGAGAAAUGGCAUUUGAUAAACCGUACUCGGAGGCCACCGCACAGCUCAUUGAUCAGGAGGUCCGAGAUCUCGUAAUGAACGCACUUCGCCGAACCCGUGAUCUAUUAUUGGAAAAGAGAAGUGAUAUUGAACGAGUCGCAUUGAGACUUCUUGAAAAAGAGAUUCUUAAUCGUGAAGAUAUGAUUGAACUUGUUGGAAAAAGACCAUUUGUUGAGAAGAAUACGUACGAGGAAAUGGUCUCAGGUACCGGAGGACUCGAUGAAAAUGUUGAACUUCCGAAAGGUCUCGAAAAUUGGAAUAAGGAGAGUGAGAAGAAGAAGAAGGACGAGGAAAAGAAGAAAAAUGAUGAAUAAUUUGUGAAAUUUUAUUUUUGAAAUUCUGGCGAAAAAAUGGGGAAAUUGCACAUGUUUUGCUCUUUUUUCUGAAGUUUCAAAUUUUUUCUCUCAAUUUUUGAAAAAAUAGACUUUUCUAAACUUUGAAUAGCUUUGUCGCAGUAAAAAAAAUGAUUUUUCAAUGUGAAAAUGUGAAAUUUUUGACUACAUGGAGCAUUUUCUGUGACAAAGUGCAUAAAAAUUUAGAAAAUCCAAUUAAAAAAAUAAUAAAAUGCCAGAAAAAAAACCAAAUUUCACUAAUAUUUUUUUUCUGAUUUUUUUCUGUGCGACCGGAUCUCUUCGAAUUUCUUUUUUUUUUCUAGACUCAAUUUUUUCAUUUUACUGUUAUAUUAUAUUAGUUUUGUAGGAUUUUAGAGUUUUUCACCAUCUUUCUUUUUUUUUCUAGCAUCGAUUGGUAUCACUUUUUCCAAUAUUCUUCUCUGUUUUUUUUCAUUUAUUUCUUGUUUUUUUUUCGUCGACAUAAGGUGAAUUUUUUUUUGUUAUUUAGACCUUGUAAUUCGACAUUUCGUGCAUAAAAAUCUAUAAUUUU